CUGGGCUGCGGGUUUCAGUUAUGGGGUCCGCCCGCCUGGCGCGGCUUCAUGGGCUUUUCGCUGCCUAUAAGCCCCCGGGGCUAAAAUGGAAGCACCUGCGAGAUACCAUGGAGCUGCAACUUCUGAAGGGUCUCAAUGCUGGGAAGCCUCCUGCCCCUGAACAGCGUGUUCGGUUCUUGCUGGGCCCCAUGGAAGGCAGUGAAAAGAAGGAGCUGACCCUCACAGCCACCAGUGUGCCUACCCUCACCAGCCAUCCACUGGUAUGUGGACCAGCAUUCACCAGUCUGAAGAUUGGUGUGGGACACCGGCUGGAUGCCCAGGCUUCUGGGGUGCUUGUGUUCGGCGUGGGACAGGGAUGCAGGCUCCUCACCGACAUGUACAAUGUUCAUCUCACCAAGGAUUACACAGUGCGUGGCCUCCUGGGCAAAGCCACAGAUGACUUCCGUGAGGACGGGCGGCUGGUGGAGAAGACGACAUAUGACCACGUGACCAGAGAGAAGCUGGACCGCAUCCUGGCCAUGAUCCAGGGCUCCCAUCAGAAGGCUCUGGUGACGUACUCUAACCUCGACCUGAAGACCCAGGAAGCCUACGAGAUGGCUGUGAGAGGCUUGAUCCGGCCCAUGAACAAGUCCCCCAUGCUGAUAACCGGCAUCCGAUGCCUCCACUUUGCACCUCCAGAAUUCCUCCUAGAGGUGCAGUGCAUGCACGAGACACAGAAGCAGCUGCGAAAGCUGGUGCAUGAAAUUGGCCUGGAGCUGAAGACCACCGCUGUUUGUACCCAAGUGCGGCGCACACGAGAUGGCAUCUUCACACUGGACGAUGCCCUCCUGAGGACCCAGUGGGACCUACACAGUGUCCUGGAUGCCAUCCAGGCUGCUGCUCCCCGGGUGGCUGCAGAGCUGGAGAAGAGCUUGAGGCUGGAGCUGGACACCCAGCAGCUCCCCAGUCCACGCUGGCCCUGGGACUCGGAGGGCCCAAGCUCUGCCUUGGGGCUGGAGAGUGAUGUGGGACAUUGAAAGGCCAGGCAACUGCUGGGGCAGCGGGUGGAUAAAUAUAAGAACUGCAUGAGCUGGAACUGAUGGCUGUGCAGAAAGUGAGAGUAGGGGAAGCUUUUCUGCAUGUGACACAAAACUGAGAAGCUGUAAAAGAAAACAUUGCUAGACUUGACCCAAUUGAAAAGAAAAAACUUCUGUAUGGAGGAAAAAACAACAAACAAAUGACAGACUGAUAACAGUAUUUGCAGUAUCUUUAA